AUGAAGAACGCGACAACAGUAGUGACAGCAGCAGUAGAAGCAACAACAACAACAACAACAACCGAUACUACUACACCAGCUAAUAUUACAACAAGUACUACUACAAGUACUACCACAGGCACUUCAACAAGUACUACAACAGGCACUUCCACAAGUACUACCACAGGCACUUCAACAAGUACUUCAACAAGUACUACCACAGGUACUACAACAAGCACUUCAACAAGUACUACCACAGGCACUACAACAAG